AACUUAACUUGUUGUCUUGGACAAAAAGUCACUCAUUCAACCUUCAAACCGCGUAUUACAAUUAUUACAUCCAUUGACGCUCGCCCCUCCUCCUCCUCCUCCUCCUCCUUCAAUUCCAUCUACGCUCUCCUCAUUUCAUUUUCGCUUCUCCAUUCAUUCACCUGCUAAUCUUGUUCUUUCUUAUUUCUGUAAUAAUCUCCAGCUUUUUUUUUUAUCUCCAUUUUCGAUUGAUUCAAUAAAACCCAGGAUUUCGAUUUCUUUUAAAUCGAUCUCCCUAGGUUUCAUUUGAUUUCAGAGCACCUCCAACAGCUACAUUUCUAGGUUUUUUUUUUUAAUUGAAUUUCAUCAUGGAUGAAAUUUGGGUGAUCCUUUAGGCGUUUUGAGGUCUUUUUGUGUUUUUAGGGUUUGAUUUUUUAGAUUUAUUCUAGGGUUUGUAAAAAGUUAGUGACAAUCAUGUCGUCAGCUGGUGUUUUAGCAAUUAACCCACUUUGUGAGAACAUGAUUCUGCCGCCGAUGCCUGUUCAUACCCAAGAUUUCAUCGUCAUUCAUUUGGCUAUGUCGGGUUCAGUGGUUCCCAUUAGGGUGUUGGAGUCGGAUUCAAUCGCAUCCGUCAAACUUCGUAUUCAAAGCUAUAAAGGCUUUGUUGUAAAGAAUCAGAAGUUGGUUUGUGAAGGAAGAGAGUUAGCAAGAAGGGAUUCUUCCGUCAAGGACUAUGGUGUUGCAGAUGGGAAUGUCAUCCAUUUGGUUGUCAAGCUUUCCGAUCUUCAAAUGAUCAAUGUCAAAACUUCUUCUGGGAAAGAGUUCACAUUUCAUGUCGAUAGGAACCGUGAUGUUGGUUAUGUAAAAAAGCAGCUUGCUAAGAGCAAGAAAGGAUUGAUUGAUACGGAUGAGCAAGAUAUCUUGUGUGAGGGGGAGGAGCUUGAAGAUGAGACACUCAUACAUGACAUUCGCAAGCAUAACAACGAUGGUGUCAUUCAUUUGUUUGUAAGGAAGUCUGCAAAGAUUAGAGUUACACCGAUGGAGAAGAAUUUUGAACUGGCCAUUGUUGCACCACAAGUGAAUGAUUCAAGGGAAUAUGAUUCUGCUGACAGGCAUCACACCAAGGGAGAUGAUGGUACAGGGUAUUGUGGUUUAGUUGCUAGAGAUCCUAUGAAUAGAGAGUUUUGGUUGGAACCCAUCAUUGUGAACCCAAAGGCUGAACUCCCUUCUGUGCUCUUCGACCUGAUUAACUCUACCUAUCAAGGGUUGGGAAAAGGAAAUUACCCAAAAAGGUCGUCCGAGGGUACCGGUGGAGCCUACUUGAUGAUGGAUGCGUUGGGGAACAAGUAUGUAUCUGUUUUCAAGCCAAUUGAUGAGGAGCCUAUGGCUGUAAAUAACCCCAGAGGAUUACCCUUGUCACUUAAUGGUGAAGGGUUAAAGAAAGGUACUACAGUUGGCGAGGGGGCAUUGAGGGAAGUUGCUGCCUAUCUUCUGGACCACCCAAAAAGUGGACGUCGAUCUUUCUCUGGUGAAUACAAGGGAUUUGCCGGUGUCCCACCUACAAUAUUAGCAACGUGCAUGCACAAAGGGUUUAAUCAUCCAGAGAGUCUAAAGGAGAAGAUUGGGUCACUGCAGAUGUUCAUGGAGAACUCUGGAAGUUGCGAGGAUAUGGGUCCUAGUGCUUUUCCAGUAGAUGAGGUGCACAAGAUUUCUGUGUUGGAUAUUAGGAUGGCAAAUGCUGAUAGGCAUGCUGGGAAUAUACUGGUGAGCAAAGGAGAAGAUGGCCGGUUUGUGCUGAUUCCUAUUGAUCAUGGUUACUGCCUGCCUCACAGUUUUGAAGAUUGCACUUUCGAUUGGCUCUACUGGCCUCAAGCUCGUCAAAGGUUCAGUCCUGAAACUGUUGACUACAUAAACUCUUUAGAUGCUGAAGAAGACAUUGCUCUGCUUAAUUUUUAUGGCUGGAAUUUACCUCUGGAAUGUGCCCGUACUCUUCGGAUAUCCACCAUGCUUCUGAAGAAAGGUGUUGAGAAAGGACUCAGCCCUUUUGCAAUUGGAAGCAUCAUGUGUAGGGAAAACCUGAAUAAGCAGUCUGUGAUUGAGGAGAUUGUUGAAGAAGCAGAUGAUUGUGUUCUUCCUGGUUCGAGUGAAGCUGCAUUCAUGGAGACCGUUUCUGAGAUCAUGGAUCGGCGUCUAGAUUCAAUAGCCGAACUCUAACAGGUCUGUAGAUCAUAACACCAGUAUAUACAAUUAUGUGUUUUUACGUACUACUCAUGCAUGUGGUAUGGUACAUAUGCAUGUAUGAGGGUGAAUGGAUGUGUUCCCAGGAAUAAGCUGUUUUAAGUAAAAUUCUCUCUGUUUUACGACUAAUAUUUUCAUUUUAUGGGUUUCGUUUGUAUGUUAUAAGAUAAAUGAAGAUUUGAAUGUAGGUGGUGAUGCCAGAUCUCAAUUGCUCCAAGCUAUAUAUCUGAAAUACAAUGAAUGCAAAACAGAUUCAAUCCAUCAGCAAC